AAAUACGCAGAAGGAAAGCUCGGAAGCCAUCGGUCCGACAUUGGACCAAGGAGAGGGGAAACGAGACUGAAAAGUCUUAGAAGUUAAAGGCUUCCGUUCCCCUCGACACGUUACAGGGGGACACAAAUGUUUCUGUUCUCCUUACUGAUCAAAUAGCUAGUCGAAACAACUGGUCUAUUUCUUGUAGUACCGAGGAUUUCUUCAUAUAUCCAGGAACGCAUCGACGCGCCAUAUUUUCACAAUGGCGUUUGUGGGAGACUCGAAUGCCCCAGUUAUGCUGGUGAAGAAGGUCCAGUUCGGAAUAUUGGGACCAGAUGAGAUUAAACGAAUGUCUGUGACUGAGGGGGGCAUCAAAUACUCCGAAACCCAGGAAGGUGGUCGGCCAAAGAUAGGCGGCCUGAUGGACCCACGACAAGGAGUUAUUGACAGAAUGUCCCGAUGUCAGACCUGUGCGGGCAACAUGACAGAAUGUCCAGGACAUUUUGGGCACAUUGAGCUGGCUAAGCCUGUGUUUCAUGUUGGAUUUCUAGUGAAGACAAUCAAAGUGUUGCGAUGUGUCUGUUUCUUCUGUUCAAAGAUGCUGGUGGAUUCAACUGGUCCCAAAAUAAAAGAUAUUGUCAACAAAUCUAAAGGCCAUCCUCGCAAGCGACUUGCUCACGUGUAUGACUUGUGCAAAAGUCGUAAAAUUUGUGAAGGUGGAGAUGAAAUGGACAAGCGGACUGAGGAGGAAGAUCCAACAGCUGAAAAGAAGGGCCAUGGUGGGUGUGGCAGAUACCAACCCAAACUGAAGAGAACUGGUCUUGAGGUGAUUGCAGAAUGGAAGAAUGUGAAUGAGGAGUCACAAGAGAAGAAACUUGUUCUGUCGGAACGAGUACUUGAAAUCUUCAAAGGAAUUUCUGAUGAAGAGUGUUUGAUUCUGGGAAUGGACCCAAAAUUUGCACGUCCUGAUUGGAUGAUUCUGACAGUGUAUCCAGUGCCACCAUUGGCUGUGAGACCAGCUGUUGUCAUGUUCGGUUCGGCAAGGAAUCAGGAUGAUUUAACUCACAAGUUGGCCGACAUAGUGAAGGCCAACAACCAGCUUCGGCGGAAUGAACAGAACGGAGCUGCAGCUCACAUCAUAGCUGAAGACACAAAGAUGUUGCAGUACCACUGUGCCACACUGGUAGACAACGAGCUGCCUGGUUUGCCAAGGGCAGUACAAAAGUCAGGCCGUCCCCUGAAGUCAGUAAAACAAAGACUGAAGGGAAAGGAAGGACGAGUUCGAGGAAACUUGAUGGGAAAGCGUGUGGACUUCUCUGCACGUACUGUCAUCACACCAGAUCCAAAUCUAAGAGUUGACCAAGUUGGUGUUCCCAGAACCAUUGCACAGAACCUUACAUUUCCAGAACUUGUCACACCAUUCAACAUUGACAGAAUGCAGGAGCUGGUACGUCGUGGAGCCAACCAGUAUCCUGGAGCCAAGUACAUCAUUCGAGACAAUGGAGAGAGGAUUGAUCUCCGGUUUCAUCCCAAGUCAUCAGACCUGCAUCUCCAAGUUGGCUACAAGGUAGAGAGACACAUGCAAGAUGACGACGUGGUCAUCUUCAACCGACAGCCCACUCUCCACAAGAUGAGUAUGAUGUGUCACAGAGUUAAGGUCUUGCCAUGGUCAACCUUCCGUCUCAAUCUCAGUGUAACCACUCCCUACAAUGCUGAUUUUGAUGGUGAUGAGAUGAACCUUCACUUGGCGCAGUCACUGGAAACCCGGGCUGAGAUUCAUAACCUGGCUGCUGUCCCUCGUAUGAUCAUCACCCCCCAGGCCAACAGGCCUGUUAUGGGUAUUGUGCAGGACACACUGUGUGCUGUCAGGAAGAUGACCAAGAGAGAUGUCUUUUUAGACAGAGGUGAUGUGAUGAAGCUGUUGAUGUUCAUGCCCACGUGGGAUGGCAGACUGCCGAUUCCAGCCAUCCUCAAACCCAAGCCAUUAUGGACGGGGAAGCAGAUCUUCUCCAUCGUCAUCCCUGGUCGAGUGAAUGUGACGAGGACUCACAGCACACAUCCAGAUGAUGAAGACAAAGGACCAUACAAGUGGAUAUCUCCUGGAGACACCAAGGUCUUGAUAGAAGACGGUGAACUUAUCUGUGGAAUCUUGUGUAAGAAGACUCUUGGCGCCACCUCUGGAGCUCUCCUGCAUAUUGUAUUCAUGGAACUGGGCUAUGACACAGCAGGAAGACUGUAUGGUAACAUUCAGACGUGUGUGAACAACUGGCUGCUGAUCGAGGGUCACAGCAUUGGUAUUGGAGACACCAUUGCUGAUCCAGAGACAUACAUAGAAAUUCAGGAGACCAUCCGAAAAGCCAAGACAGAGGUGAUAGAGGUCAUUGAAAAAGCCCACAACGAUGAGUUGAAGCCAUCACCUGGUAACACACUCAGGCAGACAUUCGAGAAUCAGGUCAACAGAAUCCUGAACGAUGCUCGUGACAAGACUGGAAGUAAAGCUCAGAAGUCUCUGUCCGAGUACAACAACUUCAAGGCUAUGGUGGUGGCUGGAUCCAAAGGAUCAAAAAUCAAUAUCUCUCAGGUUAUUGCCUGUGUGGGACAGCAGAACGUUGAGGGUAAACGUAUUCCGUUCGGUUUCAAACAUCGGACACUGCCUCACUUCAUCAAGGAUGAUUACGGCCCAGAGUCUCGAGGUUUUGUUGAGAACUCCUAUCUUGCCGGUUUGACUCCUUCAGAGUUUUUCUUCCACGCCAUGGGUGGAAGAGAGGGUCUCAUUGAUACAGCUGUGAAAACUGCAGAAACUGGUUACAUCCAGCGUCGGUUGAUCAAGGCUAUGGAGAGUGUAAUGGUCAAGUAUGAUGGCACAAUCCGUAACCAGGUAGAACAGCUGGUCCAGUUGAGAUACGGUGAGGAUGGUCUGGAUGCCACACAUGUCGAGUUCCAGAGUAUGCCUUCUCUCAAGCCAUCAAACAGAGCCUUCGAGAAGAAGUUCAAGUUUGAACCAACAAAUGAAAGGGAUUUGAGAAGAUGUUUGUCAGAGGAGGUGAUCAAAGAUGUGAUUGGUGACCCAGCUGUCAUUUCUGAGCUGGAACGGGAAUUUGAGCAAUUGAAAGAAGACAGAAACGCCCUCAGACAGAUUUUCCCAACUGGGGAUGGAAAGAUUGUUUUGCCAUGCAAUCUGAUGAGAAUGAUCACAAAUGCUCAGAAAAUCUUCCGGAUCAACACAAGAAAACCAGCAGAUCUACACCCAAUCAAAGUUGUGGAAGGUGUGCGAGAACUGUGCCGUAGACUGAUCGUGGUGGCUGGAGAGGACAGACUCAGUAUCCAGGCUAAUGCCAAUGCCACCAUUCUCAUGAAGAUUUUAGUGAGAGCCACACUUUGCGCAAAACGUGUCGAACGGUUCAGACUGUCUGCAGAAGCAUUUGAAUGGAUCAUCGGUGAAAUUGAGACAAAAUUCUUACAAGCUCAGGCCCAUGCAGGUGAGAUGGUGGGAGCCCUGGCUGCCCAGUCUCUUGGAGAACCUGCCACACAGAUGACACUGAACACUUUCCAUUAUGCUGGUGUGUCUGCCAAGAACGUAACCCUGGGUGUACCUCGUCUGAAGGAAAUCAUCAACAUCUCCAAGAAGCCAAAGACACCCUCCCUGACUGUGUACCUUUUGGACCAGGCAGCAAGGGAUGCAGAGAAGGCCAAGGAUGUACUGUGUCGACUCGAGCACACCACGUUGAGGAAGGUGACGGCAAACACAGCCAUCUACUACGACCCUGACCCCAUGAACACUGUGAUUGUGGAGGACCAGGAAUGGGUCAGUGUGUAUUAUGAGAUGCCUGACUUCGACGCGUCCAGAAUCUCAGCCUGGCUGCUCCGCAUCGAGUUGGACAGGAAACGUAUGACAGACAAGAAACUCACCAUGGAACAGAUCUCGGAGAAAAUCACCGCAGGUUUUGGAGAUGAUCUCAACUGCAUCUUCAAUGAUGACAAUGCAGAAAAACUUGUUCUGAGAAUCCGAAUCAUGAACUCUGAUGAAAGCAAAAAUGAGGAAGAGGAAAUCGCAGACAAGAUGGAGGAUGAUGUGUUCCUCCGAUGUAUUGAAGCCAACCUCUUGUCUGACAUGACACUCCAGGGCAUUGAAGCUAUUGCCAAGGUGUACAUGCAUUUGCCAACCACUGAUGACAAGAAGCGAAUCUUCAUCACGGAUGAAGGAGAAUACAAGGCUGCUGCUGAGUGGAUUCUGGAGACGGAUGGUACUGCCCUGAUGAAGGUGUUGAGUGAACGAGACAUUGACCCCAUCAGGACAUACACUAAUGACAUAGUGGAGGUGUUUGCUACCUUGGGAAUUGAGGCUGUGCGUAAAGCCAUUGAGAAAGAGAUGAACCAUGUUAUCUCUUUUGAUGGUUCCUAUGUCAACUACCGUCACUUGGCACUUCUGUGUGACGUGAUGACAGCCAAGGGUCACUUGAUGGCCAUCACACGUCACGGUAUUAACAGACAGGAGACAGGUGCUCUGGCCAGAUGCUCCUUCGAGGAAACGGUGGACAUUUUGAUGGAGGCAGCAGCCCACGGCGAGCAUGACCCGAUGAAAGGUGUGUCUGAAAACAUUAUGCUGGGACAGCUGGCCAAGAUUGGCACAGGCUGUUUCGACUUGCUCCUGGAUGCAGAGAAAUGUAAAUACGGCAUGGAAAUCCCUACAGCUGGUGGAUCAGGAAUGAUGUCAGGUGCAGGAACUGGUAUGUUCUUCGGCAGUGUUGGCAGCCCUGUGAGCGGCAUGUCUCCACAAAUGACACCCUGGAACCAGGGAGCCACACCCGCCUACGCCAGUGCCUGGUCCCCUGGUAUUGGCAGCGGCAUGACACCUGGACAGGCGGGCUUCUCUCCGUCAGCUGCUAGUGAGAGUGGCUUCAGCCCCGGCUACAGCCCUGCCUGGUCACCUCAGCCAGGUUCACCGGGCUCGCCAGCCAGUCCCUACAUUCCCAGUCCUCGUGGCGCCAUGUCACCAAGCUACUCGCCAGCAUCUCCAUCCUACAUGCCAAGCUCGCCAGCCAUGACUCCUCAGAGUCCUGGCUACUCGCCAACAAGUCCAUCAUACUCGCCAUCUAGUCCUGGAUAUUCACCAACCUCGCCUAAAUACAGUCCAACUUCUCCGUCAUAUUCUCCAACAAGUCCAAGUUACAGUCCGACAUCGCCGUCCUACUCUCCAACCAGCCCAUCCUAUUCUCCAACAAGCCCCAGCUACAGUCCAACAUCACCAUCCUACUCUCCUACAAGUCCAUCCUACAGUCCUACCAGCCCAUCUUACAGCCCGACCUCUCCUUCCUACAGUCCCACAUCACCCUCCUAUAGUCCUACAAGCCCGUCCUAUUCCCCCACCAGCCCCUCCUACUCUCCCACAAGCCCCUCGUACUCUCCAACCAGCCCAAGCUACAGUCCAACUAGCCCCUCGUAUUCUCCAAGCUCUCCUAACUUCAGCCCUCAGUCACCUUCCUACUCUCCAACCAGCCCAUCCUAUAGCCCAACAAGCCCCUCGUACUCGCCCACAAGUCCGAGCUACAGCCCAACCUCCCCAAGCUACUCUCCGACCAGUCCUUCUUACAGCCCCAGCAGUCCAAGCUAUUCCCCAAGCUCACCCAAAUACACUCCAACCAGUCCAUCCUAUUCCCCCAGCAGCCCAUCUUACUCCCCCAGCUCUCCACAGUACUCUCCAACAUCCCCAAAAUACAGCCCAACCAGCCCCUCCUACUCCCCAAGCAGCCCCAAGUACUCCCCCUCGUCCCCCAACUAUACCCCAACCUCCCCACAGUACAGCCCCCAGUCCCCCGAGUACAGCCCCUCCUCCCCACAAUACAGUCCCAGCUCACCUCAGUACUCACCCUCCUCUCCCACCUACUCCCCAACUAGUCCCAAAUAUACCCCAACCUCCCCAACAUACUCUCUUACCAGCCCUCGGUACUCCCCAACAUCACCCACAUACACCCCAACAAGCCCCAAGUACUCCCCAACCUCCCCCACAUACACCCCAACCACACCCAAGUACUCCCCAACCAGCCCGCGUUAUUCAGGUCAAGGUGAUGAGGACAGUGAUGAAGACUAGAUCUCUGAACGGGAUAAACCAGAUGGAGAUCACAGUGCAACAUGCAGCGGCCUGGAUAAAGACAGUUAAAACUACACUGCAAGAUUCAGAGACUUGCUGCUAUACAAAAUGUGUUGUAGGUAUAUUUGUGGCACCUACACAGCUAGUGCUGGGAGUGAAAGACAGUUGUGGAGAUGUAUUAUCAGACAUUCUUGAUGCUUGAAGCAGAUACUAAUCAAGUUGUAUAUAAUGUACAAACAUUGUUGAAAUUCCUGUUUCUUGAAUACAAGAAACCUGUACAAGAUGUGGAUCCAGGUUGUAUAUCAUGUACAAACUGGCAUCUUUGGUGAAAUUCCUGUUUCUUGAAUACAAGAUUCUUGUACAAGAUGUGGAUCUAAUUGUAUAUUAUGAACCCUCACCUUUAUUUUGAGUAUUUUUUUGGUGUUUCUAUGGAAAUGGGAGAACAAUUGAAAGAACUAUGGAGCAACCAUUAGAGAAAAAAAAUGUUGAAAGUCUUAAUUGGAAAUGUGUAUGUUGUACAGACUGUAAAUCUACAAGAUGUGUUCAGGUUGAUGCAGGAACUACUGGAACUUGGAAUAGCAAAUAAGCUAUUGCUGCCAGAUUACUUUCCUUUUCGACCUUUCAAUAAAGUGAACUAAGUAUUUUUGUAUUGACCUGAAUGCUAUAUCCAUAUAUCGUGUUUCAGUUCUUUGACAUUUUUCAUAUUCAGCAUCUUAUAUUUGCAGUUUUGUUUUGUCAUCCUGAACUGAUGUUCAAGUGUAAUACAUUUUUCAUGGAAUUCUUAAAAUGAGAGGUAUUUAUGUGUAAAUAAUUGUUCAUAGCAUGAAUUUUCUUCAUUUUAUAUUUAAAAUUCCAAAAUUAGGACCAUCAGUCCUGAUAUAUAAUGGAUUGCUGUGUCUUGCGAUAACUUUUCUGUUUGAGGACAAACAUUGUCAGCGAAAAGAGCCUUAAUCAUUUUUUUCUGAUAAUUUCUCAAACCAAAAAGAUCGUGUUGGCAAUCUCUGUUACAGAAUAUUCAUGUAAGAUGACUACAGUGAUGAUGCCCCUAACUUAUUGUAAAUAUUGUAUAUAUACAUUAACUGUAAAUAUGUCACUUCAGAAUCAUGCAAAAACAUCUUGAUGACAUUUUUCAAUAAACAUGGCUGAAUUUUCAAUCAGGUUGACUUGCCAGUUGUCGCUUGAUAUGAUUUUUUGUUUGAAUGUUUUUCAUGAUUUGAGACAAAAACAAUGCUUAUUUAUUGACUUGGUUGAAAAAUAUCCUAGGGCAAUGAUAUAGAACUAUGUUUGAGGUUGCCUUUGACUGACAUCAGCUUUUGUGGAUGUUUUUCUUAUUAUGAUUUGAGACAUCUUAUUAAGAGUUGAAGUUUUGCAUGACUUGUUUACAGUUUUGAUCACAAGUUAAAAAAAUGUUAACGUUAUUUUCUUUGGUUGGAGCAUAAAUCUUGGUAUGGUUCUUUAUCUCUAUAUUUCUACCCAAGAAUGGUAAUUUAGAAUGUACCUUUUGUGAUGGAAUUCCAGAUACUGUUUGAUCGAAUAAAGUCAUCAUGAAAAUA